UUGUAAAUCACAAAAACAUCUUUUUAAUUGAAUCGUCGUAAAUUACCAGUGUCGACUAAAGCGAAUUAACUUACUUCGCAGUGAUCAACGCUUAAACAAAUUUCUAAAAUGACCGUCGAAUAACAAUCAGAUUCUAAAUCCCAAAUCCAGUGAAGUUUCUUUAUUUCUACUUGGACAUGACUUAUUGAAGAAAUUUUGAUGGUGUACAACGAAUGUGCUUUCAUAGUGAUAAUCAAACGUUAUGGUGUAAAAUACGCGAUGCCAAUUGCCCUUAAAAAAUGGAUAUUUUUGUGCAUCAUGGCUUAAUGCACGUGACAACUAUCUUCCUAUACACGACUUGAACGAUCAACGAAAACUACAAUAUAACGAAGACAUAAAUUUCUUUUUGAAUCAGAAAGCAACUGCCUGUUCGAUUUGAAAUGCUUCGUUCGGAAAAAGGGCAUUGAAGGAUAAAGAUCAACCUUGAAAUGAGAACAAGAGUUGUUUCGAAUACGUCAGCGAAUGAAUUUUUCCUCCCUUCUUAAAAAGCUUAUGCUUAUUUUCAAAAGGAACAACUUGGAAACAGUAGUUCUUCCAAAUACAUUGUUAAAUAUGUCUAACUUGUCUAGCGUUUGAUCGAAGGAAUAAUGCUUAUAAAUGGAGGAAUAGGAAACUUUGCUAAAUGCUAUGAGCAUAAGAAGAGCGCAGAAAAAGAAACUAGCGACGGACGGCAAAGGAUCCGAUUUGCUCGAAGGAUCCUACGCCGCGCGGCCAUUUCUUUCGAAGGGAGCGCGAGUGAGUUCUCGUUUUUUGCCCAAGGCUAGAGAAAUACCUAAAUCUGCUGAGAUUAAAUCGACUUGAAACGAUUCCACGAGCUAAACGAUCCGAAGGAACGAAUCUCCGAAAGAUUUUUAAACUUGCAGCUCUGUGCAUCUUUGCGUCCUGAAGGGAGAUCUAACUUCAAAUAGACUGGCAAAGUUGCAUUUUCCCUUCCACUGGUUAAGAAAGGUGGAAGAUAGGGCAAAGCGAUUGAAAGAUGAAUGGCGAGGGACGACGUUAGCGAUCUGAUGACCGCCGUCUGACGAAAAAGAAAGAAAAAGAGAGGAAGCUUUCGCGUUUCUUCGGUCAUUCAAAAUGCUGGACAUAUUUCGAGGUCUGAAGAGCCUUAUUAAGAUCUCUCACGUACAUAUUGACACAGCUGUGUUCCGAUUGCAUUAUAGUUUAACCGUGAUCCUGCUGAUUUCGUUUUCGUUGAUCGUGACCACGAGACAAUACGUUGGUAAUCCGAUCGAUUGUAUUCAUAGUAAGGAUCUACCGGAAGACGUGUUGAAUACGUAUUGUUGGAUUCAUAGUACGUAUACGAUUACUGCGGCUUAUAGGAAACGAGAGGGUUUUGAAGUACCGUUUCCUGGCGUAGAUAACUCAAAGUCGCAUCCGGAGACGGAAAGGAAGGAGUACAGGUACUAUCAGUGGGUCUGCUUCAUGCUGUUUUUGCAGGCGAUCCUGUUCUACACGCCUCGAUGGCUAUGGAAAGGAUGGGAGGGUGGCAAGAUUCAUGCUUUAAUGAUGGAUCUUGAUAUCGGUCUUUGUUCCGAGGUCGAAAAGAAGCAGAAGAAGAAAAUGUUGCUCGACUAUCUGUGGGAGAAUCUUCGAUUUCACAAUUGGUGGGCUUACAGGUACUACCUCUGCGAACUUCUUGCCCUGCUGAAUGUGGUCGGUCAGAUGUUCCUGAUGAACCGGUUCUUCGAUGGUGCGUUCCUGACGUUCGGUAUCGACGUGCUGAGGUUCCUCGAGUCGGAUCAGGAGGACCGGAUCGAUCCGAUGAUUUACGUGUUCCCUAGAAUGACCAAGUGCACCUUCUACAAAUACGGCGUAAGCGGAGAGGUGGAGAGGCACGACGCCGUUUGCAUACUGCCCUUGAACGUCGUCAACGAGAAGAUCUACGUGUUUCUCUGGUUCUGGUUCCUCUUUCUCGGCAUGCUGAGCUUCGUCACGAUUUUAUACAGGAUCGUAAUUAUAUUUUCGCCAAGAACGAGAGUAUACCUUCUACGACUACGGUUUCGUUUGGUCAGGAGAGAAGCCGUGGAAACGAUAGUUCGGCGGAGCAAAGUCGGUGAUUGGUUUCUUCUCUAUAUGCUCGGCGAGAAUUUGGACACGGUGAUAUACCGGGAUGUGAUGCACGAGCUGGCGAAUAAACUCGCCUCGAGACAUCAUCACAGUGUGCCCGGAAUCAAAGGGGAACUACAGGAGGCCUGAUCCAAGUUGCCUCGGAGAGCCACGGAAACCAGCGCGAUUCUCAUGGCAACGAGAAGCUACUUUUCACCGGAAAAGUGCCACCUACUUCUGUUUUCCAGAGAUUCACGGACGAGCGAUCGAAUCAAACGGAUCGCUUUAUAUUCGUUAUUCGAAUCGUAUGUUUUUCCUUCCUUGUACCUUAGCACCGGUUCGAGGAUCGUUGGCGAAUUAUUUUUAUGAACGUUGUUCCAACGAGAGCAAUCUCUCGAUCGAUCGUGUUCGCGUAAAAGACAAAUUGCCAACAACGUGCCUUACGACGACUUUCCAUCGAUUUUCAAAGCAUUUGCACUACACGUCGUCCGAAUUUGAUUAAUUUAAGAAGUGAAAGCACGAUGCAAGAAAAUCGUAUAACAAAUAUACGUAUAUAAAUAUUUGACAAAAUAAAAAAAUAUAUAUGGAUUUGACGGAUAGAUUGCCAACAAUUUCAAAUUGAAGGUGGACCAUUUUCUAAUUGGCGAAUUAAUGAAAACUGAUGGAUUAAUUUCUUCUAAAAGGAUAAGA